AUGUUAGGUCUUGAUAUACAAGAUAUCACAUUAGCUUCAAAUUUUGAAGGUAUAUCAGAUAGGAUACGUAUCGAAGUAUUUGAAUUAUUCAGUAAUAAUAUGGGAAAACAUCAUCAUAAAAAAUCAUUUUAUGAUGUCGAUGAAGAUGAGUUGCAAUCAUCUCAUAAGCAUCAUCAUCAUCGUCAUCGUCGUCGUCAUUCAUAUGAUAAACAAGAUGAAACAAAACAACGUGUACCAUCAAUAGUACCAUUUAGUAAUAGUAAAAUUGAUGAUGAUGAAGCUGCUUUACAAUCACCACCAACUAAAAGACAACGAUCAUCAUCAAAUGGUUCACAAUCACCAUCGAAAAUUUUAUCACAGCUUAUUGAAAAUCCUGAAUUUUUAGCAAAUGCUGGUCCAAAAGCAAAAGAAUUUGCUGAAACAGCUCGACAAUUACUUGCUAACCCUGAUUUAGAUCAAACGACGCAACAAAUUAUUUGUGCGAUGGCUCAGGCAGCUGUAAAUGUUGGUAAACGUCUUAGUUCAUCAUCAUCAACACCAGCUGAUCAAUGUGUUGAUGAAAUUAGUGUUACAAAUAGUACAACAUAUUCAUCAUCUACACUUCUUUCACCAACAUUAUCAAACACAAGUAGUUCAUCAACAUCUAAUACUCCUCAACAACAAAUACAUUCUAUAGUUAUAUCAAAUGAAGAAAAUAAAACAUCAAUAGAACCUGAAAGUGAUGAAGAUAUUCUUAUUAAACAAAUGAUUGAACGUGCAAUGAAAUUAACACAACAAGGUGAUACUCGUCAUGCACAACAUUUACUUGGAAUUAUUCAUGAAAAAUUAUCAAAUAAACGAAAACGUGCUGCAGCUGCUGCUACUAAUUCAAAUUGUAAUGAUAAUGAAAAAUUUAAAAUUACAUCUUCAAAUGAAUCUCAUUCAUUACCAUCAUUAUUAAAUGAAGAUUCACAAAGUAAUCAUACUACUACUAAUAAUAAAAUAUCAUCUACCGAAUCAGAACAGUCGAAUGAUUAUCAAAAUACAUCUUAUUUUUCCUAUCCACCUCCACCUCCACUUCCACCACCGCCACCACCACCACCAUUACCAGAUGUAAAUUCAAUAACAUCACCACCAGUUUCAGUACCACGUAUAGAACAAGUUCAAGAACUUCUAUCAAAUCCAUCUGAAGUGCAAGAUAUUCUUAAAAAAUUAUUUGGUACUAAUGAAAAUCAAAAAAUAUCUCCACCAGAAGAAUAUCAAAUGCAAUCUCAUUUAACAUCACCAUCAUCAUUGUAUUCUCAACCUCCAAUAUCAUUUAAUAAUAAUUUAAUGUAUUCAUCAUCUCGAUUAAAUAAUAAUACUCAGCCGUUACGAGUUCCUCAACAAUCAACAGCAACAACUGAUUCUCAACCAUAUAAUUCUUCAUUAGCAUAUAUGCAAGGUAAUCGACGUAAUUUACCACCAUUGCAAACAACUGAACGAUGUUUUUCAUCUUCAAAUAAUAAAAAUAAACAACAACCUAAUCGAUCAUUUUCAUUUUCAUCAUCGUCAAAUAAUAAUAAUAAUAUUAAUAAUAAUAAUAAUAAUAAUAAUGGAAUUAUUCCAUUACUUGUUAAAACUACACCUCCGCCAUUAAUAAGUGCACCACCUCUCAUGAAUGUCAAUCCAAAAUUUUCGUUGACACCAUCGACACCAACACCAUUGGAAUCGAUUUUACCGCGUUGGCCAAAUAAUAAUGAACAACAGCGAGGUUUUCAUCCGUUUUGGUGUGCUACAUGUGGACUUGGCUUUCCUCAUCAAGUUGCUUAUCAAGAUCAUUUACGAAGUCAUAUUCCAUGUAAUGUUCCCGGUUGUUCAUAUGCAGCAUCGGAACAACUCGUUCGAAUUCAUCAUCUAAAUAUUCAUGAAAAUAAUCUACGUAAUCGCAUGAGUAAUAAUAUAUUACAUCAAACACGUCCAAUAUUUCAUCAACAACAAUCAUUAGAACCACCAUGGCCAUUAAUGCGCAUGUAUUAUAAUGUGAAUCAUAUUUGA